GUCACUUUAUUUAUCUUGCUCAAAAACCCAGACUUUUAUGGGAAAAGGUGAUUUAGCUCAGAAACCCAGUAGGGCUUACUCCAUUGUCUAAAUUCUCUCUCUGUUCUCUCUCGCCUUUUGUUUCGCCAUGUCUAAGAAAAGACUACUAAGCAAUGGCCAUGGCCAUGAAAUAAUGGCGGAUUUGGACCGACUCUCCAACUUACCAGAAGUUCUCAUUCAUCAUAUCUUGUCGUUGGUUCCAGCCGUUGAUGUCGUUCGGAUGAGUUUCCUCUCAAGGCGCUGGAAACGAAUGUGGUACUCCAUUCCGAUUCUGCAAUUCUGCAACUCCGAUAACCGCUUUCGUAGUCCGAGAGCGUUCGAAAUUUUCAUGCACGAGUGCUUGAGGCGUCUCCUGAUAGGUACGCGCCACAAUAAUACUCAUCAUCAUCAUUCAAUUGUUACUAAUUAUAAGUUUCAAAUUGAGUACUCCAAUAAUCACAAGGCCGUCCUAAUGAGGGUGAUGCUUUCACCAAUUGUUUGGGAUAAUGUUAUGGAGUUUGAUCUCAGCGUAAGCGUAGGCAUGAAGAAAGACUGUUUGGGCUCGUUUAACUUACCCUAUUCGAUUUUUAGUGGAAGAUCUUUGACUGUUCUGAAGUUGAAGUCAGAUAAUGUUUUUUAUUUAGAAGAAAAUUGUGAGUUCUCACCAAAUCUUCCGCGUUUGAAAUGUUUAUGGUUAGUUCAUGUAUUUGGUUUGAGUGACGCUGUAUUAGACAAGUUGUUACUGUGUUGUCCUUUACUUGAGAAGCUUGUGUUGAAGAGUUUAGAGUUGUCGAAUCCUUAUAUUUCGAGUUCGAGUCUCAAGUUUUUGGAAAUUAAUGGUUAUAGUCAUGCAAAUCUACAAGUGGAUGCUACAAAUCUUCAAUCUUUUGAAGUCAGGGGAGCUUUACAUGACAAGAUUAUUAUUGAUAUCACUGAUUUUAGCUUAAUCAGGAAUCUAUCAAUAAACACCACUUGCGACAAUAUUGACGACAAUUUUUUGGAAAAUCUGAUCUCUAAACUUCCUCUCCUUGAACAUUUGAGUCUUUGCCAUUGUUAUUUUCUGAAGCACAUUAAAAUCCGUAGCCAGAGUUUGAGGAGUUUUUCCUUUGGUAAAGCUCACUUAGCAGAAGUGAAGGCCUCAAUGAAAACCCCAAAUCUUGUUUCCUUUUCGUAUAAAGGUGAUCUUGAGUUUGGCAUGACGAUAAUCUCACCAAAUGAUCAAUUGAAUGGUACUUUCAUAAUUAGUGGUACCUUGCCAAAUGAUCGAUUGAUUUUGAGCAUUUGUAUGGUGCAUUUCCUUGUAAACAUCAAUUGCCCCUGGAAAAUUUUAAACCUGGAAGCUCAAUCAGAACAGGUUUUCUUCUUCCCUGAAGAGUUUAAAAGAAGAAGCCAUCGACCAUUGACAAACCUUAAGCACCUGAAGGUCAAGACUUUCGAAAGAUUGGAAGACGAAUCUAAGUUGAAAGACUCUAUAUAUUGGGCUUCCCCUCAUUUGGAAACACUACUAAUUCAAGAAGGAACAGAGAGUGAGUUAAUGUUAUUUUAGUUUGCUUCUUUAUAUCUUGAAAGAUGUAUAAUUAGCUGAAGCCGUGUACUAUGUGCUGUGAGUUAGUUAGUUUCACCUUUAGUGUUGCCCCAUCUAGUUUUUGUUGUCAUUAGCUAUGUUCUUUUGUUGUGUGUUUGUCAACAAAUUUUAGUUGAAUCUAUGUAUUUUGUGUUGGUGAUUAGAUUCAAUAUUAGUGUAAUCAGCAAAUUCUAGAUGAACCUUUUUAUUUGUAUUCUACUGAAUUAUCUUCUUCAUCUACAAAUAUAUAUUUUGUCUUAA